AUGGAUCUCUUACGCAACUCGUACGCCAACGACUCCGACGACGAACCUGAACCGGUAACCGAAAACCGGUUAACAUCUAAAACCGCCACACCGUCUCUUCCUUCAAAGCGCCCAUACCCCGAACCGGAGGAGCGACAGUACAAACCAACACGUAAACCAAAUCCACCAUACAGUUCUUACUCCGAUCCUCAAACCAGCUCCUCAACAAUCCCGAUCACAUUCCCAGGUCGGUACGUUUCCAAGAGAGAGCGUUCCCUUCUAGCCUCUCUUUCAACUGCUCCUCCUACUCAAAUUCAGAAACCCUCCGUUAACUCUCCUACUGUUCUCGGGAGCAUCUCUGAUUCACAAGUGCCUCGUCAUGUUCUAUCGAAAGGAUCCUCUUUUCGAACCGGUAUGCCGAGUAGAAUGUCGGUUUCGUUAACCGGUCAUACAAAGGCUGUAACUUCUAUUGAUUGGUCAACAAGUCAUGUUCACCUUCUUGCUUCAGCGGGGCUAGAUGGUGCUGUCUACGUCUGGAAUGUGUGGAGCAGCGGCGAGAAGAAAGUACGUUCCUUUCUCCAUCACAAUGCUCCGGUUAAAGAUGUGAAGUGGUCGAAGCAAGGGCUGUCUCUGCUUUCGUGUGGAUAUGACUGCACUUCGAGGCUGUUUGAUGUUGAGAGAGGGGUAGAGACGCAAGCUUUCAAGGAGGAUCAGGUUGUCGGAGUUGUUAAGUUCCAUCCAGACAAUGCCAACCUGUUUCUUUCCGGAGGGCUCAAGGGGAGUCUUAGGUUAUGGGACAUUAGGAGUAACAAAGUUGUGCAUGAGUACGUUAAAGAUCUUGGUCCGAUUCUUGACGUUGAGUUUAUGCCUGGUGGGAAGCGGUUCGUCUCUUCGAGUGAUGUUUCAGGAAGGAAUAUAAGCGAGAAUGCUGUUAUAGUUUGGGAUGUUUCGAGAGAGGUUCCUCUAUCUAACCAGGUUUAUGCAGAAGCGUACACAUGCCCUUGCAUCAAACACCACCCGCGAGACUCAGUCUUCAUCGCCCAAUCGCACGGGAACUACACAGCGAUCUUCUCGGCAAACCCGCCUUUCAAGCUCAACAAAUACAAGAGGUACGAAGGUCACUGGGUCGCAGGUUUCCCAAUCAAAUGCAACUUCAGCCCUGAUGGAGAAACCUUGGUCUCUGGCUCAUCUGAUGGUUUUAUAUACGUAUUCGGAUACAAAUCCACUGAGCUCAUUAAGAAGCUCAAGGCUUAUGAACAUCCCUGCGUGGAUGUUGCAUACCACCCUGUACUGCCUAACGUGAUCGCGUGUUGUAGCUGGGACGGACAGGUCUCUGUUUUUGAGUAAUCUUAGAGUGUCCACACAGUGGUUAGUACCAAUCAGAAAAAGUUCAUGGUAGUAGGAGUUGUGUUCUUAUUGUGGAUCUUGUGAGACUGUUACUCAUUGAUGUUGGAGGAUAAAUUACUAAUUACGUGAGAUAUAUUAUAUUACAACUUCUAAUGUUAACCUUUGAAAUUUAGAAUUGAAUAAAAACAAGAUAAAAAUCCCAUGAUAGCGUAUUUAUCACAAAAUAGUACUUAAAAAUCAAAAUGGUUAAAUAAAUUUCAUUAAAGAGUUAAAUAACAACUGUAUUUCAUCUUUAUGAUGAAUAAAAAAUAAAUAGACAUUUCAAUAAAUACUUUUUGAACGAAAAAAUUUGAAUCUUUUUUUUUUUUUUUUGAAAAUUCUUUUCAAAAGAAAUUUUUAUAUUGUUUAAUUUCAAAAAAAAAUUCCAAAAAUUUGUUCUUUAAUUUCUUUUAAAUAAAAAUUUACGAAAACAUUCCAGAAUAUAUAUAUAUAUAUAUAUAUAUAUAUAUGAUAUCUCACUAAAUUUGAAUUUAAGAAAACCUGUGUAUAAUAUUUUCUCAAUUUGAAUUUAGGGAUACAUUCAUGAAUAAAUAUAAGAUCUUUUUUUUUUUUUCAAAAAAAUAAAUAAAUAUAAGAUCUUAAAAUUGAAGGAAUACUUUCACAAAUUUUAUAUCUAAAAUUUAUAAAUAUAUUAUACAUAUUUAAAAACAUCUUCAUAAAUUGUAUAAAGGAAAUAAUAUUUUCAUCCAGUAUAUAAUAAAUAUUUUGAAAUAUAAUAAAUAAAAUAUUAUACAUGAUUUGUCUGAAUUUUUGGUUUAGUAUAUCGAAGUUCCUCAUAAAAAUUGUAAACACACAAAGGUAAUGAAAUGGUGAGAUAUAUACCUUUUUCAGGGGGUAACAAUUUAAGAUAGUGGAAUUCCAGCAAAAAAAGAAAAGAGAAGCCUCCUUAUCUUUCACACCCAGUCACACAUAAACCAUGUAAUAUAUUAUUGACAAAACACAUACACCACAAUUCAACAGAAAGAGGAAACAAAUAUCUUUAGAAAAAAUCCAAUUUAGAAAACAUAUUCAUUUGAAAAAGUUUAAAAAAUUCUCCAUAUCAUCACAUUUUCGUUUUCUUCGUCUUCCUCUUUGUCUUUUUGAUCGCACUAAGUAGACGACCAAACAAUUCAUAUUCAAGACAUCACUUGGUCCACAAACACAAACCCUUUAAAGCCUAAAGGUUUUCCAUUACCAAAGUUUGUCUUCAAGCUUUAGUUGUAUUAAAUGAAUAUAACUAGUAUCUCAUCUUCAAUUGGCAAGGUGUCUACGAAUAAUUUAAAUGCUCAUACAUUUUUACCAUCCCACAGAUUUUUGAUACACUACAAUUAAAAUGAGCGUCGAUUUUUGAGAUAUUGAAAGAUUUGUUUGUCAAAUGGUCUAAAUUGUCAAAACAAAAACAAUCUCUAACUUAUAUUCAUAUGGUCUUCGAAACAAGAUUAAUCUCAUUGUCUAAGAACAAACACUCAACAGUUCCACCAAAAACUACUUGUGCAUGACGUAUACGCACAUAAUUAACUUUUAAAAACUAGCGAGAACUAUGCCCUAGUCCAACAUUGAUGUACACAAUAGUCAAAUGCGUGAUUUGAUUUGAUUCGAUUUGUUUGUUGUUUAUUUUUUUAUAGCGACUUUCUUAAUUUCCAUGGUCAACCCCUUUUCGCAUUUUCCUAUGUUAUUUUGCCCCGUUUAGUAGAUAAUAUAAUUGGAAUUUUCCAGAUUAGGGUCGAACGUAUGCGUCUGCUAUCCUUGAUAUAUUCCCAACCUUUUGUUUUGUGCAAACUUAUUUAUGCACCCUAUUCGCCUAGCUACGGAGCCUAUCGUCUAUACAACUCUGUGUUUUCCACAUAUGUCUUGAGUUUGUUCCCCACCUUCUCUGGUCUCCAACAAAAGAUCUUCUCCUUUUCUUUCCUUUUUUCUAACUUUUUCUGCUUUCUUGUAUUAUAUACCACUAUAUAAUUUUCUCUCAAAAUUAAUAUAGAGGGCACUAACUAUAUCCAAGCUACGAAAAUCCAUCAUUGCAUCAUCCAAAAUGUCAUAAUCCAAAAUUAUUUCCCAUGCCCUCUCAGCCCCACACAUCUUAAGUCUUUACAACGAUCCGACAAGAAUCAGCAGUAGUAUUGUUGCUAGGAUCAAAGGCCUAGCAAAUUCAUGUACUAUAGCAUCGUUUGAAUGUGUUGUUAUAUCAUGCAUCCAGUAACUAUCUUUCAUCUAUGAUGUAAACAAAAAAAAAA